AGCGAAGCUCGUGUUGCAAUCGCAGCCUUGGGGACCGGUCCUUUCCGGGGGGUGGAGCCUGUGCCUGUAGCGGCGGCCAACCACAGCGCGGCAUUUUCCGCGGGAGAUCCGAAUUUCGCGGCACGCAGUUUGGCGCUAAAAAAAAAAAAAAAAAAAAGAAGAAGAAGGGGAAAAAAAGAGGCAGAGAAAGGCUUGGGGACCAAAGAGCCAGGCGAGAGGGAGUCGGUGCAAUCGGCCCCCCUUCCCCGUCUGAGCGCAUCGCCUCUCCUCCGAGCCCCCAGCGACCCCAGAGACCCCUGCCGGGAGCCAGCCAGACCCUAAGCGCCAGGCGUUUCGGGGGCGCGGGGCCGUCCCGGGUCGCCGCCGCCCUCGGGGCGGGACAGCCCCCGGCCGUGCCGCCGCCGCCGCGGGGCGAUCUCCAAGCGGGGAUCUCCAAGCGCUGCUCGGCUCGGCGGCGGGCCAGGAGGGGAGGGUCCGGCCUUGCCCCGCAGGCGUCCAUUGGCGGCUUCCCCCGGGCCUCCGCGCCAUGCCUCGGGCCGUGUGAGCCUCCGCGGGCUCCCGAGCCCGCAGGUGCCCGCGGGCGCGCCAGGCCCGGUUGGGGAGGGGGCGCUGCGCUCGCCAUGCUGCGAGGGCCCCGGGCCCUGGCUCCAGCCGCCGGGCCGCCCUCGAAGGGACUGCCCGCGAUGAGCCCUACCGAGCUGUGGCCGCCCGGCCUCAGCAGCCCCCAGCUCUGCCCGGCCACCGCCACCUACUACACCUCGCUGUACCCGCAGACUGUGCCUCCCACUGCGGUGCCCGGCACCUGCCUCGACGCCACCCCCCACGGACCGGAGGGCCAAGCUGUGCGAUGCGUGCCGGCUGGCCGGCUGCCGGCCAAAAGGAAGCUGGACCUGGAGGGGAUCGGGAGGCCAGCAGUCCCUGAAUUCCGGACUCCCAAGGGCAAGUGCAUUAGAGUGGACGGCCUCGCCAGCCCCAGAACACCCAAGUCUCCUGGAGAGAAGACUCGGUAUGACACAUCACUGGGGCUGCUCACCAAGAAGUUCAUUUACCUCUUGAGCGAAUCCAAGGAUGGGGUCCUGGACCUGAACUGGGCCGCCGAGGUGCUAGACGUGCAGAAACGGCGCAUCUAUGACAUCACCAAUGUGCUGGAGGGUAUCCAGCUCAUCCGUAAGAAGGCCAAGAACAACAUCCAGUGGGUAGGCAGGGGAAUGUUUGAAGACCCCACCCGGCCCGGGAAGCAGCAACAGCUGGGGCAGGAGCUGAAGGAGCUGAUGAGCACAGAGCAGGCCUUGGACCAGCUCAUCCAGAGCUGCUCUCUGAACUUCAAGCACCUGACCGAGGACAAGGCCAACAAGAGACUGGCCUAUGUGACUUACCAGGACAUCCGUGCCGUUGGCAACUUUAAGGAGCAGACGGUGAUCGCGGUCAAGGCCCCUCCACAGACAAGACUGGAAGUGCCCGACAGGAGCGAGGAGAACCUGCAGAUAUAUCUGAAGAGCACCCAGGGGCCCAUCGAAGUCUACCUGUGCCCAGAGGAGGUGCAGGAGCCGGAUAGUCCUGCCAAGGAGCCCCUCCCCCCGACCUCCACCCUUGGCCCCAGCCCUGACUCCACCCAGCCCGGCAGCAGCACCGACCCUGGGAUGAUAGAACCCAUGGCAUCCCAAGGGCCAGCGCUGACUCCCCAGCAGGUCCCGCAGCCGCCAGUGCCCCCGCCCCUGCCGCUUGUCCCCCUGGAGGCCACGGACAGCAUGCUAGAGCUGCCACACCCACUUCUGCAGCAGACCGAGGACCAGUUCCUGUCCCCGAGCCUGCCGUGCAGCUCCCCCCUGAUCAGCUUCUCCCCGCCUUUGGACCAGGACGACUACCUGUGGGGCUUGGACGGGGGCGAGGGCAUCAGUGACCUCUUCGACUCCUACGACCUUGGGGACCUGCUGAUUAAUUGAGUGGCCCUGCCUGCCCCCAGCAGCCCGCCCCUGGCUCUACCUCCUCGUAGACUGACAGGCCCUCUGCCCGUGCAGUGACGUGGGACACAAGGUGCUGCCCUCGGGGUCCGGGGGCCUUUUCUCUUUCUUACCCACCAGCCAGCCGAAGCUGUCUCGGCAGGGGGGUACGUAGAGGAUGUGGGUAAGGAGUGUACCAGGGGUUGGGUCCUCUCUUUCCUCAUGGAAGCUGGGCCUGGGAAGGCCCAUCCAGCUUCUGACCUCUGACCUCUACGCGAAGGGCCGCAGGUGAGGCAACCAGGUCCAGGGAAAGGCCCUGCCCCUGCCUUUCAGGGGCGAAUUAGGACCCUGAAUUUAUCAAGAAGCACUUAAUGCCUUUGUAUUUAUUUCAGGUUGAGUUUUGUUUGUUUGUCUUCCCUGAGUUUUUAGCAGGGAGAUUGUUCUAGUUUCUAGUAAGACUUCUCAGACGGGCCCAGUGCUGUCCAUGGUCCGAGGGCAGGCCAGGUCCCCGAUUUCCCCGCAGCAGUGGGCCGGGUCUCUGGGGGCCCCGUCCAGUCUGCUAGAACGCUACUUGCACUUCGGCCUUGUAAUUCUAGUAAGUGGUGGCUGCAGGCCCUUUGGCUUCUCCUGCUUGUCAUCUCCAGCCGAGGCGCCAGCCUUGAAUUCCUGGUCUGCUCUGUCCAGAGAUGGUUGCAGGGAGCCAUCCCAGGGGAGGCGGCAUCGAGGCUCCAGGUGUGGAGACCCACUUCUAUGGAAUUCCCUACCUCUCCGUCCCCUUAGAACAUGAAAAACGACCCCCCAGGGAGUCAGCACUGAACCCCCCCUACCCCGCCCGGGGGAAACAGGGACAGGAAUGUGGAAGCAGCUAUAGGGGCUGCCUAGGGCACCUUUCCUCCAUUUGUGACACUUGCUUGGGACAGGUGCUGUCUUACACUGAGCACCCGGGAGGGAGUGGCAGCCCCCGCAUAGAGACAGACAGGUGGGAUUAAAGCGAGAAACUGCCAGAAAGCACCCCCUCUGGUAACUACUGGUAUCAUCCUCCCCUUCCUUGGAAGGAUUUUUUGUUUAUUGAAGGGAGUACUUCUUUAAGGAUCUCCUCUCCCCCAAGCAGCUCUCACACAGACCACCCCACCACCCCAGGACAGAGGUGACCAGGACUUGGUGGCAUUUUGGCUCCUUUUGUCAUGGGAAUGCCGAAGGGCUGACAGGGAGGAAUCUUCAUUGCAGACCAGACCUUGGCGGCUGAUGGGGAGAUGGGCUUAUGUUACCUCCUCAGGCUUAGGGUCCUGAGGUCUGUUGCCCUCCCCCACAGAGGCUUGACCAUCCCACAGUGUCUCUGAAGCCCACUUUGGUGUGGGGGAGGGGGUCAGCUCUCUUCCCCACCCAACCUGGGGCGGGGCUGCUCUGGGCCGCACCAAGACUGUGCCCUCUGGAGAGAGGCAGCAGGGAUGGUGGUCUAAGAGGCCCACCACCCACCCUCAGGGAGCUAGGUUUCCUCAGGGGCUCAGCUGGGCAGCACUUUUUUUUUUUUUUUUUAAGUUUGUAGCAUUAAGUUGGUUUUAAAUAUGAAGUUGGCCUCGUGGGAUGGCUCCUGAGCUGCCCUAAAACUGGGAAGGUGGGCUUCUUUGGGGGUGGGGUCCGAUGUGAACUAAUGCCCACAUGGGGACAGUUGUACUUUGUCAUUUUCACAACUUCCCGGGCCCCUAACUGUGCCUUCUCAGGAACAGAUGCCCAGCUCUGGAUACAGGGCUAAUUUUGUAUGCUUUACAGAGAUGCUUCUGGUCUGCCCUCCCCAGAUACUUACAGGGGUCUCAUCAGAAGCCUAUUUGGAAGCCCACUAUGUCUAGGGUCAAGGGACUACCUUGGCCCUUGGGCAGGGGAUGGGAAUGUUGCAUGGAAUCUGGUUGGGGACCAUGUGGGGCCGAGAUGGCCUUGCUGUUCUGAGGUCUUUGGGCUGCCAUUUAGUCAUGUCCCAUCUCUGAAGACAGAGAUGUUUGACUUCCAUGCCUUUGGUUCUGUCUAGAGUUUUCUCCCAGAAUUAAAUCAGAGAAAAGGGAGAAGAGGCCUGCGGGACUCACCGGGAAUGGGUUUAAUAGUAAAAUCUGGCCAGAAUUCAAGCUCCUUCCCCAAAUGCUGGGCCAUAGUGCUGGACAGAAGGGCUGCCUCUUGGGUCCGUGGCCACUACCCUGAGCAGCUGACCCUGUCCUGUGCUAUCCCCUCCAGACCCUGCCUGGCCCUGGGGCUGGACUGCCCAGGCCAAGCCUCAGGCUGGGGGCGGGGAAGUGACAAGCUCACACCUCUUUUUCUUGCUAGUGACACUUGAAACCUCUCAAGAGUUCCAUCAAGUGCUUUAAGAAUGCCUUUUGGAGGGUAUUUCCUUUAGGGGCCAUGUAAACUUUAGAACUAGGGUGGAAGAAAAGCCACUUUUCUUUCUGAGGUACAUGAUAUCUGCCAGGACAUUUCCCAGCCCACCGGUGGCCCCCAAGUCACCUGUGUCCCCGGGGGCCACCAGAGGCUUGGGGGCUCCAGGGAGCUCAGUAGCACUAAGUUGUGCAGUAGAGUUGGAGGUUCGGAGAAAUUUCUUAAAACCAGGGCCAUGCUCCCAUGUCCCUUCCCAUGAAAAGUGUUCGCUAGACCAGUGUGGUGCCCCUUCUCUGCAGCAAUGCUAUGGUUGGACUGGUGUCGCUGUGGGAGGACGAGGGGGUCGGUGAAGCUCAGAAAGCUGGUUCUGGGAGGGUUUUGACUUGACUUUCCCUCCCCGAGUGUUCUCAGCCUCAGUUUUGCAGUGUUUAGUUCCUAGUAAAAGCGUUUGGGUGUUCCUGCAUCUGAGCGUCAUGUGGCUUUAGUGCAUUUGAAGUGAAAGCAUUUUGGGGUUGUUUGCAGACAGCUGUCUGGUUCUGAUCAUUGUGUCCCAGGGUCCCCACCUCAUCCUGGGACCCUGUUCUCUCAUGAGGACCCUUGGUGACCAGAAGCCCAGCCAGCCUGCAGGCUCCUGGGUGAGGGAAGAAGCCUUGUGUAUGGCAGAUGUGUCUUGAGGGUGAUUAGGCCCAAGGGCACCUGGUCCCUGUGCCGGGACCCUAUACAGGUCACUUCCCUCUGGUCUGGUUUUGCCCCGGGUCCUGCCUUGAUGAGCACCGUGUAAACCUCCUUGUGUUGUGAUAAUUGGGCAUUAAAUGACAAUUCUGGAAACCUUGAUUCUUGUGCUUUCUGGAGGUCAUUACCAAGUAUGGGUCUGGCCCUCCCAGGUCAAAGGUGGGGACUAUCCUGACCACCUGGCUGAUUUCUCCCCAGAAACAGCCUCCCUUUCCCACACUGGCUUAUUACCAAGCCUGAAAUCCCACCACUAAGACACUGAAAAGUUAGCGGCAUGGCACCCGGAUCGAAAAUGUGAGCACCUCCCCUGCUCUGUCUCCAUCACCUCUCAGCUGGACGGUUUGGAAAGCUUGUGACCCAUUCUUCUCCAUCCCAUCCUCUGUAUCAGUGGUUCUCAAAGUGGGGUCCUCAGACCAGCAUUACCCAGGAACUUGUGAGAAAUGCAUAUUCUCAGGCUCUGCCCCAGACCUUCUGAAACUCAGGGUGGGACCCACAAUCUGUGGCUUAAUGAGCCCUUUAGGAGAUUCUACUGCAGCUGAAGUUUGGGUACUCAUACCCUCCACCACCCCAGAGUUCCCUCAAAAAUGCAGUUCUGAUCGUGUCUCUCCUGUUUAAUGGAUGGCUCCUCUCUGCCCUCUGGCCCCUUCAAGUGGCAUAAAAGUCAAUUUACAACAUGACUAGUGGCUUACCUUACCUCUCCAGCCUCACUGGCCACUCCAUCCCACCACCCAUAGCCACACUGGACUUCUUAGCUCCUGAAAAUAUGUUUUUCCUCUGUGGGGCCUUUCUACCUACUGUUCACUUCACCCAGCAUGUCCUUCCCUCCAUUUCAAUGGAGUAGGUGCCUGCUUAUUCCUUAAGACCCUGUUCAAGAGCCUUUUUUUAUAGAGUUUACUUAGAUACUAACAUGUAACCAAAAUAUUUUGUACACAGAUAUGGUUAUGGGUUAUUGAAUACCUACUAUGUGUUAGGCACUGAGGAGAUAGAAGUAAAUAAAGACAGUCCCCAUCCUUAGGAUGUUCAUAAGGCAUAGACAUAUAAAAAUACAAUUACAAAUAACGUGAUAGUUGCAGUAACAUACAUUAUGGGAGGGGGAGCGUGGUUGUUAGGGAAGGCUUCCUGGAGGAGGUGAUGCCCAAACUAUGACUUAAAGGAUAAACAGGAGUCACCUGGAGUUAGGGCAUACAGGGGACGGGAGACGUCCCUUCCAAGCAGAGCAAUGAAUAUCUUCUGUCCUGUCGUUCAGCAGAGAGGAGCGGUUCAUGGAGCACUGUCUGUUUGCCCCAACUCUGCCAGUUUGGAGCUCUUGCCCUAGGAAAGCCCACUGAGCCAAAGAGGUUGACACAAACCUUGAGGGCAGUGGGAGAGGGGGACUAGGUUGAGGGUCCUGUUAGAUAAUUAGGGGACUAUGACUAAUGAGAAGGGUGUGGAACUUGACACCAAGAAGUCAGUUUACGUGGAAAGCACGAAGACAAUCUCAUCCAGGUAAGUUAAGCCAGGUCUGAAGCUUGGGACAUUAGUAAGGCAAGGGAACAUAAAAGAGAUGUCAUGUAUUGAGCUUUAUGGUGUCUGGGCCCAGUGCCUUGCUAAAUCCGUCACACAUCAUAAUCUCCCUGACUUUAUUUUUAUUUAUUUAUUUAUUUUUUAGAUUUUAUUUAUUUAUUUGAGAGAGAGAGAAAGAGAGAGCACAUGAGAAGGGG